UAAUCCAAUAUAACUGCCAAACUUACAUACGAUGAUUUUGUUUUACAUACUGGUAUGAUUUUCUUUUUUGAAUUUGCAGAAUUUACCGGAAUUUGCGAGAUCGGUGGUACAACAGAUGUUCUUGAACUUAAAAAGGGUCAAUUCACUUGGAAUAAACAAAAUAGGAAUAACAGGGAUACAACCAAUCAGAUGCUCGCCCCGAAAUACUGCCACGUCAUCGUUCAAAAACUGCGAUUCGGCACAAAAUAAAUUAUCGAAGUCGCAUAACGAAAUGCUGAAGCAGAGUGUAAUGGCAUUCAAUUAUGCAGCUGCUGCUCCUGUAUUCAUUCGACCAAUCCUCUAUAAUGCUUUCUUCUUGGCCCUCCAAAUUGAUCAAAAUAACCCUCAUCAAGGAAAGUUGUCGGAAAAAUUGAAACCGUGCUGCAUUGGUGUAAACGGGGAAGACAAAAAUAACGGUGAUCAGAAGAAAUAUAUAGUGUGCGAAGAUCCGAAAACGACAUUUUUCUGGGAUUCGAUAAAUCCUUCGGAUCCUGGUUGGUUUGCUGUUUAUUCAGCUCUUAAACACUCUUAAUGCACUUUUGCUAUGAAACGUUUUUUUUUUUUUUUUUUU